CACUCAGAGAGGUUAACCAACUUGCCCAAGGUCACCCAGCAGCCAGCGCGGGCCAGGGGCAACCCUCAGGCAGGGGAGGCGCCCGCGGCCAGCCCAGGGGGGCAAGGUCCCGGCAGCCGCCUCCGCGCCCACUCCGGCGUGCGCCCCGCAGCCGUCGCCGUCGCCGCUCCCAGGGCGGGGGGCGGCCGCCGGGGCUGGGGGCGUGGAACCCGCGCAGCCCUGCCCUGCUGGCCGGGGAGAAGGACGAUGCGCGGCGCGCCCAGGACCCUGUGGGCACUGAGAUCCAACUCACACAUGCCUAUUUCCUGUAAUGGAUGAAUUUGAUGCUAAUGUGAGUUCCAAGGAGGGUUUUGGGUCAGUGGAGAAGGUCGUGCUGCUCACGUUUCUGUCAGCGGUUAUCCUGAUGGCCAUCUUGGGGAACCUGCUGGUGAUGGUGGCUGUGUGCAGGGACAGGCAGCUCAGGAAGAUAAAAACCAAUUAUUUCAUUGUCUCUCUCGCCUUCGUGGAUCUGCUGGUUUCCGUGCUGGUGAUGCCCUUCGGUGCCAUUGAGCUGGUUCGAGACAUCUGGAUCUAUGGGGAGAUGUUUUGCCUUGUCCGGACAUCUCUAGAUGUCCUGCUCACGACGGCAUCAAUUUUUCACCUGUGCUGCAUUUCUCUGGAUCGGUAUUAUGCCAUCUGCUGCCAGCCUCUGGUCUAUAGGAACAAGAUGACCCCUCUGCGCAUCGCAUUAAUGCUGGGAGGCUGCUGGGUCAUCCCUAUGUUUAUCUCUUUUCUCCCUAUAAUGCAAGGCUGGAAUAAUAUUGGCAUCAUUGAUCUGGAGAGGAUAUCCAAGCCAAGGCUGGGCCAGGAUUUGCAUGUGAUAGAAAAAAGGAAGUUCAACCAGAACUCUAACUCUACGUACUGUAUCUUCAUGGUCAACAAGCCCUACGCCAUCACCUGCUCCGUGGUGGCCUUCUACAUCCCGUUUCUCCUCAUGGUGCUGGCCUAUUACCGCAUCUACGUCACAGCGAAGGAGCACGCCCACCAGAUCCAGAUGUUACAACGGGCCGGGGCCUCCUCAGAAGGCAGGCCCCAGCCAGCUGACCAGCACAGCACUCAUCGCAUGAGGACAGAGACCAAAGCAGCCAAGACCCUGUGCAUCAUCAUGGGCUGCUUCUGCCUCUGCUGGGCGCCAUUCUUUGUCACCAAUAUCGUGGAUCCUUUCAUAGACUACACCGUUCCUGGGCAGGUGUGGACCGCUUUCCUCUGGCUUGGCUACAUCAACUCUGGGUUGAACCCCUUUCUCUACGCCUUCUUGAAUAAGUCUUUUAGACGUGCCUUCCUCAUCAUCCUCUGCUGUGACGAUGAGCGCUACCGAAGACCCUCCAUCUUGGGCCAGACUGUCCCCUGUUCAACCACAACCAUUAAUGGAUCCACACACGUGCUAAGGUACACAGUUCUACACAGUGGACACCACCAGGAACUUGAGAAACUGCCCAUACACAAUGACCCAGAAUCCUUGGAAUCAUGCUUCUGAUUGAGAACAUGGCUCAUGAUUAAGCCAUUCAUUCCCAUUCGUGUCUGCAUGAACAGGACACCCUGGCAUCUCUCCUGACCCUCAUCACCACCUGUGAGGCACGAGGCAGUGGGGCCAAGGGCCCAGGGAAAGUAUGUGGAGCGCAGUGUGGGAGAGGACCCAAGGCCAGAAUAUGGAGGAUCUUGGAGUUGAGGAGGGACUUUAGGCAUCCCCAGAUCCAGCCUCCCUUCCAGUGCAGGAGUAGCAUCUUCCAUAGCAUCCCUGGAAGUCUGGUCAGUCUCUGCUUGCAUACCUCCAGGGGUAGAGCUCACUACCUCCUACUGCAGUUCCUUCUAUUGUAGGGAAUUUUUAAUUGUAAGAAAGUUUUUCCCUUUCUUGGGACACAAUCCCAUCUCUGCUCCAUCUUGCAUUGGGGCCAAUGCAGUUAGCUCCCUAUCCCCUUUGAGAGCCCCUAGAUAUUGGGAGACGCUGAUCUGCCAUCUACGCACCCUUUUAAGUCUUUUCUCCAUUCUGGCCACUUCCUGGACAUACUUUGGUGGAUGUAUUUAUCAAGGCUUUUAUAAUGAAAUCAAGUUGAUGCCAACGCCAAGAUGUCUGUCCAGAAGCACUACAGAGCUGACAAGUGAAACGUCAGUAUUUUCUGGUUGAUAGAUGUGAACAUUUCUCUUUUUUCUUGGGGAUAGUUCUGGAAACUGCUCAGGUUUUGAUUUUGGAUCCAUUAUCCAAAGGCAUCUUUAUUGUUCGUCUAAUUUCUCUGUGUGUUUAAAGAUGACAUUUUUCUCAUCGGCAUACCGGGUCUGAGGUCAUGUGGAAUGAAGCUUGAUCCACUUUCCUUCCAUGAUAUGGGAAAAGGAACGGCACUUUUGCCGAGAACACUACCGAAGGAUGGUCUUUGGCGAGGAAAUUAAGUUGCUCCAAUAAGACACAUUUUAGGGGCUUUCUGGGCCCUGUGCCAAGGCAGUGCUUGGUCUCGGGGCAGGCAUUUUGCUUACUGGGGCAAAGACAUAAUCACAGACCACUACUUUCUGGGGAAAAUUCACUGGCCCCCUGCCUGUGAAGCUGCUGGGGUUCCAUUUUUCCACAUCUUUUUAAGCAUCUCACUUCCUCCAAGCUCCUAAGGAGAUGCUGCCUUGAUCUCAAAGUUACCGGCAAAUCAUUUCGUCUUGGGGCGAAUUAUCUCCCCAGGUUGAAACUCUUGAGGGCAUAUUUUUUCUGGUAGCCUUUCUUUUGAUUGCUGAUAAAAAUGCUAUUGCGAAGAUGGAUUGCUGGUCCUUAGGGACCCAGCCCAGC